GUUGCUUUAAAUUCCAGCACCAGAAGCGACAGUGUGCACGUGUGUGAGUGUGUAUCCGUGGUGAGAGUGUGUAUGGAUCAUACAAACUGGAUUAAAUAUUAACCAACUGAGUGCUGGAGCUUUUGAAGGCAUCUUCAGAACCUACCUCAUCACUGAAGAACCAGGGGAGGCAUCCUUCACAAUGCAAGCGUACACUCAGAUGCCACCUGUUGGACUUCGACUGCACACUUCACAGCAGACUUCCUGCAGUAUGGUGCCUAGCCCUGAAGCGCAGGCACAAUAUUACAUUGUACAACAAAAUAAUCAACAGUCUCAUGGGUUAUGUAACGGACAGACUUCCUCCCAGCCUGUUUCAAGUUCAUCUAAUUUGCAGUUGAGACAGAUGCCUCAAGCGUGGUUUACCAACUCACAGAAUCAGUUGCUUCUUGGAAAUUCAGCUUGUAUGAGAGCUACUUUACCAAUUGAACAGUGUGCACCAUUGCCAGCUGCUCAGCAUGGGACCCCCACUCAAAACCUCAGCCAUCAUCCCCAAAUCUUGAUUAGAAAUACUGUUCCUCAGCAGAAUUAUAAUAUGCCACGCUUGCACAAUGUCAGUAGUACAACAACUGUUUUUUGGUUCCCUCCUGCUAAUAGCAACACAAGUUCUGCAACUGAACAGAAUAACCUGACACAUCGGUCAGUUCCACCUCAGUAUGAGACUUUGAAUGGGCAUCAUAACAGAAUGCAGAUUGCCCAUCAACCUCAAUCUCAGACGCAAAAAACAGAUCUGUUUGUUCAGAUUCUGUCUAACCAGGCACCACAGAAAAUUCACAAUAAUCAAGGUCAGAUAAGAGGAGGAAAAAGAAAUGGUGCUUUAUAUAGCUCUGUUAACCACUUCCCUGCUACAUCACAAAGACUUAUCACUCCAUCCCAGCCUUCAAACUACAGUCAUCAGACUGGUCAGAGCCACUUGAGCUAUACCGGGAAUCAGGUUCAAUAUUCAUCACAAAUCCAGCGUCAGCCUCCUCCAUACAGAGCGGAGAACAAUUCUGCCAGUUACAGUCAUUUAAAACAUAGUAGGAAUAAGCACCAAAGUUUAAUGUCAAACCUACCCCAUCCCCCACUAUACACAAGCCAGCCAAUUCAGAGGAUAAAUCAAAGUUCAGCAUUAAGUUUACCUAAGGACAGUAUCCAGCCCCAGACUCCACUGCAGCAAUGCAACACCAUACCAGUUUCUGGCCAUCACAGCAAGACAUGCCAACCUGCUGUACCUGAUAUUCAUGCCAAAACACAGCCACAAGUCUUAAAUAACACAAUCACUGGGUUCCCUAGAUCCUCCCAGGUUGCAAUAUCUUCUAGCACUCCUACCAGUGAAGCACCACCUCCCAUCUAUACAGAAUCUACUCUCGACUACUCCCGGGUCACUCUAAUGGAUUUGCUGGUAAAGGACAACACACAAGUUCCUGCUCAAAGGCAUGGCACUAAUCCUCUAUCUCAUCUCAAGUGCAACUUUACCACACAGGGACAAACACCCAGCCACAUUACCACUAAGGCAAGCUACUCUCAGACACCAGAAUCUGCCCCAUACUGUGGUGCUCCUGCAACCCUAUACAGUAAAGAACUUCAAACAGUCAGCGAGUACCAGACACCUGUCAAAAGAACAGCCAUCUUAAAAGAGAAUGAGCAUGCACUUGGUAAUCAAGUGAAAACACCAGAUGUUCAAAGCUUUGAAGGGAUGCAGAGCAGAAGAUUGCAAACAGACUUAAACACUGAGAGAAAAGAUGGACAUAAGAGCAAUAACAGACAUGAAGAGGGGCAGUACAGUGAGGACAUAACUAAAUCUCUGGACCUGGUAAUGGCACUACAGAAAGUGGUUCAACAAUCCCACAAAGCAGUAGCUGUAGUUCCACCCAUUUCUCAGCAGGCCCCCAGUCCAGAAAAGAAAGCUCAUGUAACCACAAGCUCUAAUGACAGCCUGCCCUUCAAGAUAGAUGCUGUCUGGACUCUCAAGGAGAGCAAGAAUAUGGAGCAAGAGUCAACUGCAAUGAGUCUGCCCAAAGAAACCACUGAGGAAUUACUGCAGUUGUUUUCAGUACCACACUCUGAGACACAGGAACGUAACAAACAUGAAGAUGGAUCUACAGUUGACAGCCUAAUACCCGACACUCAAAGCACUGAUAUUCCUCAGUCUAAAAUUGGAUCUACCACAUCUCAAGGCCUUGUUUCCUCUACUGCCUUGAUAUCAAAAAGUCCAGAGGAUCACAACAAAGUCAAGACUGGUAACUCAAAUGGCAAUAUAUUUGAUUUGUCCCAGGUUCAAGUGCUUAAUUUUACACUGGACAAAUUUAAUAACUUGGUGAAGGUUUUAGAAAGAAUACUAGACAGAAGUGUAAAAGACCCAGUAGCAGAUCUUGAGAAGUGUCUCCUAGAUCUCUAUUGGGAUGGAAGCACAAAAAACAUAGAAAAACAAAUACACACAUUCACUGCAGAGUGGUCUAGCCUCUCUUCUGAAGUGUCCAUAAAAGAAAUGCAGACAGCAGUGUUUCAAUACCUUAAACCCAAAGACUUAAAGAUGCUGGUACAUGGUUACCACAUUUUGAAAAAUGACACAAACUUACCAACUGAGGAAUUUAGGUCCUCGUGGUUGAACAUUGAUGGACAGCCAGCUGAUAUAGAAAAUGUUCUUGCAGAACCAAUUUUGGAUGUUAAUCUUACUGAUUAUGCUUUAUAUGGAGGUUUCAACACUCUUAACAUUUAUUCAGAGUCUGAAACUUCUAAAAAGGUGAUUCCUGCAACAACUGAUUUCCAGAAUGACAAGAUGAUUAACAAAGAGCUUGCAAACACGCAGGUAUGUGAAAGUAAAUCUACUGAUAAAGUCUCCAAAGCACAGGAAGCAUCAAAGAAGCAAGAAGAUGAAAACCUUCAGAAACAUCAGCAGCAAGAUGUAAAUUUGAAUAUUGAAGAAUCUAUAGACUCAAAUGAAACAGCAGACACACUGAUGGAGAGCAAAAGCAAAACAGAAUGUGAACAAGUCUGCAGAGAUACAAGUGAGGAUAUCACUUCUUCCACUGAAAUUGUUGAGCAGAUAGAUCUUUCUAAUGAUGUCGAUUCCAGCAACGACUCCCAAUUAAUCGAACUCUCACUUCUGUCAUCUGAUGAUGCUAGAACAAUUUUUAAGGAAUACUCUGGUUGUGAUUUGCAAAUAGAGCCUUCUCAGUUGUGCCAAGAUGAAACAAAGGUUUCAGCCACCCCAGAGAAUGAGUCUAAUGAUUUCUGCAAUACAGCCAAUCAAAUCAAAUUCACUUGCCCUCAUGUGACUGACAUCGACUGGGAUGGUGAACAUUUCUGCCCCAGGUGCUGGGAAGAGACACCUUUACUGGAGCUAGACCUGGAAGAAGGUCUGUUCAGCCCAAAGGGGGGUAGUUCUAAUAUGAGAACUCCUCCUAAACAAGGUCAUCAUAAUCAAAGCUGUACUCCACAAUCUGGUAGACCAGACUCAAAUUGUACUGUAUUAUCCGAGAGUAGCAGCAUAGCUGACUCGUCAACUCCAAACGUUGAUGUAUUUGAAGUGAACAUCUCAGAACCAGACCCUAAUCCGAGUGAUGCAGUAGAGAGUUGUAGCUCACAGUUUGGUAAAUCACCAGUUAAAGAACCACAUGCACCUGUGUGCACUGAAAGUGUUAGCUUCACUAUGCCAAUUGAUAAACAAGUCGGUGAGUCUAAGAGUUUAUUGGGACCAGAGUUAUCCAAGGCUCUGUCUUGUGCACAAAACAUUGAAAACUUGGCCAUUCCAGAACAGACCAAAACCCUAAGAGAUGAAGUUUCUCCACCAAAUAGUCCACCAUGCAAAAAGUUAAAACUAACCAAAAUUACAGAAAUACCUGCAGAAGAUGACCUUUUCACUGCUGAUAUUGUGACCAAAAAAGCUAGCUCCACAAAACCACUUCCAAGUGACCAUAGUGUUACUCCAGCUGAAGAUGGCCAGAAUUGUAAAGAUGAAGGAAAAAAUAGAGUAGAAGAAAGUAAGUCUCCAAUCAAGCUGAAAAUUCAAAUUAAUACUCAGUGUCCACAAUCUGGUAGACCAGACUCAAAUUGUACUGUAUUAUUCAAGAGUAGCAGCAUAGCUGACUCGUCAACUCCAAACGUUGAUGUAUUUGAAGUGAACAUCUCAGAACCAGACCCUAAUCCGAGUGAUGCAGUAGAGAGUUGUAGCUCACAGUUUGGUAAAUCACCAGUUAAAGAACCACAUGCACCUGUAUGCACUGAAAGUGUUAGCUUCACUAUGCCAAUUGAUGAACAAGUCGGUGAGUCUAAGAGUUUAUUGGGACCAGAGUUACCCAAGGCUCUGUCUUGUGCACAAAACAUUGAAAACUUGGCCAUUCCAGAACAGACCAAAACCCUAAGAGAUGAAGUUUCUCCACCAAAUAGUCCACCAUGCAAAAAGUUAAAACUAACCAAAAUUACAGAAAUACCUGCAGAAGAUGACCUUUUCACUGCUGAUAUUGUGACCAAAAAAGCUAGCUCCACAAAACCACUUCCAAGUGACCAUAGUGUUACUCCAGCUGAAGAUGGCCAGAAUUGUAAAGAUGAAGGAAAAAAUAGAGUAGAAGAAAGUAAGUCUCCAAUCAAGCUGAAAAUUCAAAUUAAUACUCAGUGUCCACAAUCUGGUAGACCAGACCCAAACAUGAAUGUAUGCUCAGAGAGUAGCAGCAACUCUUCAGAUCAUUCAGCCUAUAGAGUUAAUAUGAGCGUCACAGAAACAGACCCUAAUAUAGGUGAUUCAGUUCAGAGCUGUAGCUCACCGUCUGGUAAAUCACCAGAUAAAGAAGCGCAUGGACGAGUAUGCUCAGAGAGUGUUAGGGUCACCAUGCCAAUUGAAAAACAAGUUUGGGAGGCUAAUAGUUUGUCGGGGGCAGAGUUACCCAAGGCUCUGUCUCUUACACAAAACAUUGCAAAGAGUAAGCCAGUCAUUCCAUCACAGACCAAAACAUCAAGAGGAAAAGUUUCUCCACCAAGAUAUACACUAUGUAAAAAGAUAAAGAUUACCAAAACUACAUUAAUACCUGCGGAAGAUGACCUUUUCACCCCUGAUAUUGUGAUCAAAAAAGAGAGCUCCCCAAAACCACACCCAAGUGCCCUCAAUUCUACUCCUACUGAAGAUGGCCGGCAUUGCACAGAUGAAGGGAAAGAAAGAGGAGAAGAAAGAAAAUCUCCAAACAUGUUGAAAACUCAAUGUAAUCAGCCUUCUGGCCAAACUAAAACAGAUGCACAUGGGAAAUGGAAAAAGCUAUCUGUUAAGUCUCAAGUGCCAAAUGUUACACCUCAGCCGAAAAGACCAUCUGUGGCGGCAAAUUCUGACACAAACAAAGAGAAGGUACUUGGUAAGACAAAACAAACUGGACAAAACAAAGGAAUGAAAAAAAUGAGAUUUGCAUUGUAUGGAUUCAGUAAUAGCAACCAGAGCAAAAUUGUUCAGCACCAAUGCUACAACAGGACAAAGUCAACCACAGCUCCUGCUUAUGUUACAAUUGCAAACAGCCCUGAAACUGCCCAGAGCUACACAGAUGCACUUUCAGCUAAGCAAAAGGUCUAUAGCCAGUGGAGUAGCACAUUUGUGGAAACAAAAAAGAAUACCUCUUCACAUAAGAAACAUCAAAAACAUGUGAAAAAUGAACUGAAAUCCAGGACAGAAGCACUCAAAAGACUUAUUAAAGACAGAUUAGCUAUAAAAGAUAAGCAAAUCACAGAUGGUACGAAGCAUAAACAAAGCACAGAUUUUGUUGUUGCACAAGAGUUGCCAAAAAUUUGAAGUGUACCAUUGCUGAUGAAAACUUAUAACCAUUAGAACACAAAGUACACUGGUUCUUAAGUAGUAUAUUAGAAAAUAAGCUUGUAUUGUAUGCUCCUUUGUGUCAAAUAAGUCAUUGCUUAUAAACUCUUUUUGUGGUAAGUUGUAAAAUCUGGUCUUAUGGCUAAUUUCAGUGCUGAAUCCACACUCUGGUAAUUUCUUUUCUUUCACUAGAAAUUUCUGUGUCACUAGAUGUGUGUCACAUCUAAUGUGUCAAGUGUCACUAGAAAUUUCUAGUUAAAGAGAAGGUUCUCUUUUUUUGUUCUCUUUCCAAUGCCAGUGGCAUAACCUACUUGAAAUGGUUGUUUCGUUUAACUGAUAACGUACUGUGUAUUAUCAUUUUAAUUCACCACAUUUUUAGUGGUUUUAUGAAAUGCUGAGAUUUCAUGCUCUAUGAGCUGGGAGCUUGAUCGCCAUUGAGAACUUUUUACCUUUUUAUAUUGUUGAGAUUUUACAACGUAUUGUCUGUAUAUUUGUAAACACUUUUUCAAUAAAGUUUGUAUGAAAAUAUUGUAAUGUUCUUGGAAAUAUUAGUUAUGACAAACAAUACUCUUCAACUGUUUGAACAAAUUAUGAACACAGAGGAUUGCUUACA